AUGUAUAGCUUUUACAAGUACAUUACUUCAAGUAUUUCGUCACAGCAAUCUCGAGCACAGGAUUUAGAAUGGAAUCUCCCAGGACGGCAAUUGUUACAGGUCUCUAGAUGCACGCUCAUCUCAUUUAUUCCGUCUCAACUAACAAUGAAUAUAGGUGGUGCCGAUGGCUUCGGGGCAGCCAUUGUUGACAGGUUCAGCCGAGAGGGUUGGAAAGUCAUUAUGAUCGAUCUGAAUAAAUCUGGGGGAGAGGCCAAGGCUCGUGCCGAUCCUAACUUAGAGUAUGUCUUCGGUGAUGUAUCAAAGCAAGAGACCUGGGAAACUGCACUAGGAAUUAUUCGAAACAAGUAUGGAAGGGUGGAUGUCAUUGUCAACAACGCAGGGAUAACGCAUGACCCAUCUCCACUCCACACAAAGUCUAUAGGCGAAUAUGAGAAAACCUUCAAUGUGAACGUGAAGCCUAUCUUCCUCAGUGCCGCUAAUUUCGCUCCAUUUAUGCUGGAACAAGGACAUGGUGUCUUUACCAACAUCACAAGUACCGGAUGCACCCGGCCUCGCCCAGGGUUCGCGAUCUACAAUGCGUCAAAAGCAGCUGUCACGACUCUGAAACUAAACAUUUUGUUGGAAGGGAUUCACCAAAACACUAGCGCUCGAAUACGCACCAAUAAUCAGAUUCAAUUGCAUUGCCCCUGCGGUUGGAAAUACUUCAAUGGGGUCGUAGAGUCUAUACCCAUGAAGAGAGUUACCCAGCCUCAGGACGUGGCAAACGCUGCCUGGUAUUUGGGUUCAGAUGAGAGCUCAUUUGUUACUGGCACAACUUUAGAAGUAGAUGGAGGAAGGGGAGUGUAA